AUGCUGACGGAGAAGAACAAGGAAGACCGCAUGAAGUUUGCACUGAGCUUUCUCUCGCCUUGGUCACAAGGAAACCAUGUCUUCAAAAACAUGUACGAUUUCGUUCAUGUCGAUGAAAAAUGGUUCUUUAUGACCAAGCGAAGCACAAGAAUCACAUCACGGAGGUUAUGUUCCUUGCGGCUGUUGCAAGACCUCGCUACGAUUACAAGUCAAGGCGUUAUUUCGACUUAA